UCGCCCGCGGCGGGACCCCCGCACCCACUACCAUGAGCGCGCCCGGCGGGCGGAGAGGUGCUCGUUGCGCUAGCUGUCGGCCCGUCCCGUGGAGAGCUGUCCCAAUUAAUGGCUUCUGACAUGGAUUAUGAAAGGCCAAACGUAGAGACCAUCAAGUGCGUGGUGGUGGGCGACAACGCCGUGGGCAAGACCAGGCUCAUCUGUGCCCGGGCCUGCAAUGCCACCCUCACCCAGUACCAGCUGCUCGCCACCCAUGUGCCCACCGUUUGGGCCAUCGACCAGUACCGCGUGUGCCAGGAGGUGCUGGAACGCUCCCGAGACGUGGUAGAUGACGUCAGCGUCUCCUUGCGCCUUUGGGACACCUUUGGAGACCACCACAAAGACCGGCGCUUUGCAUAUGGGAGAUCCGACGUGGUGGUUCUGUGCUUCUCCAUUGCCAACCCCAAUUCCCUCCACCAUGUCAAGACCAUGUGGUACCCAGAAAUCAAGCACUUCUGCCCUCGGGCACCUGUCAUCCUGGUGGGCUGCCAGCUGGACCUGCGCUACGCCGACCUGGAGGCUGUCAACAGGGCCCGGCGACCCCUGGCUAGGCCCAUCAAGCCCAAUGAGAUCCUCCCCCCGGAGAAGGGGCGGGAGGUGGCCAAGGAGCUGGGCAUCCCCUACUACGAGACCAGCGUGGUGGCCCAGUUUGGCAUCAAGGACGUCUUUGACAAUGCCAUCCGGGCUGCGCUCAUCUCGCGCCGCCACCUGCAGUUCUGGAAGUCCCACCUCCGCAACGUGCAGCGGCCCCUGCUGCAGGCACCCUUCCUGCCCCCCAAGCCGCCGCCCCCCAUCAUCGUGGUGCCCGACCCCCCGUCCAGCAGCGAGGAGUGCCCCGCCCACCUCCUGGAGGACCCGCUGUGCGCGGACGUCAUCCUGGUGCUGCAGGAGCGGGUGCGCAUCUUUGCCCACAAGAUCUACCUCUCCACCUCCUCCUCCAAGUUCUACGACCUGUUCCUCAUGGACCUGAGUGAGGGGGAGCUGGGGGGCCCCUCAGGGCCAGGCGGCCCCCGCCCGGAGGACCCCCGGGGCCACCCCGAGCCACACCACCACCACCACCACCACCAUGGGCGGGACUUCCUGCUUCGGGCAGCCAGCUUUGACGUGUGCGAGAGCGUGGACGAGGCUGGGGGCUCGGGUCCUGGUGGCCUGCGGGCCUCCACCAGCGACGGGAUCUUACGGGGCAACGGGACGGAGUACCUGCCGGGCAGGGGUCGCGUGCUGUCCUCCUGGAGCCGGGCUUUUGUGAGCAUCCAGGAGGAGAUGGCGGAAGACCCUCUGACCUUCAAGUCGAGGCUGAUGGUGGUGGUGAAGAUGGACAGCUCCAUCCAGCCGGGGCCCUUCCGGGCCGUCCUCAAGUACCUGUACACCGGGGAGCUGGGCGAGAACGAGCGGGACCUCCUGCACAUCGCCCACAUUGCCGAGCUGCUGGAGGUCUUUGAUCUGCGCAUGAUGGUGGCCAACAUCCUCAACAACGAGGCCUUCAUGAACCAGGAGAUCACCAAGGCCUUCCACGUCCGCCGCACCAACCGGGUCAAGGAGUGCUUGGCCAAGGGCACCUUCUCAGACGUGACCUUCAUCCUGGACGACGGCACCAUCAGCGCCCACAAGCCCCUGUUGAUCUCCAGCUGUGACUGGAUGGCUGCCAUGUUCGGGGGCCCGUUUGUGGAGAGCUCCACCAGGGAGGUGGUGUUUCCCUACACCAGCAAAAGCUGCAUGCGGGCGGUGCUGGAAUACCUGUACACGGGCAUGUUCACGUCCACCCCCGACCUGGACGACAUGAAGCUCAUCAUCCUGGCCAACCGCCUCUGCCUGCCGCACUUGGUCGCCCUCACAGAGCAGUACACAGUGACGGGGCUGAUGGAAGCCACCCAGAUGAUGGUGGACAUCGAUGGGGACGUCCUGGUGUUCCUGGAGCUGGCUCAGUUCCACUGCGCGUACCAGCUGGCCGACUGGUGCCUGCACCACAUUUGCACCAACUACAACAACGUGUGCCGCAAGUUCCCCCGCGACAUGAAGGCCAUGUCCCCAGAGAACCAGGAGUACUUCGAGAAGCACCGGUGGCCUCCGGUGUGGUACCUGAAGGAGGAGGACCACUACCAGCGGGCCCGGAAGGAGCGGGAGAAGGAGGACUACCUCCACCUGAAACGGCAGCCCAAGCGGCGCUGGCUGUUCUGGAACAGCCCCGCCUCGCCGCCCGCCUCUGCCGCAGCCUCUGCGUCGCCCUCCUCCUCCUCCGCCGUGGUCUGAGCGGCCGCCGCCCUCUCCUGACCCUGCUGCUGCUGCCCCGUUUACCCUCGGCCUUCUGCUCUCGUGCAUCACCUCCUCCACCCGACAGGGUCCCGGGGACCCGAAUGACCAGGACCCCGAGGGCAGAGCCGUCCUCCGCCGCCAGAGAGGAGCCGGACCCUGCUGCUGAUGGACCGCACAGGGGACCAGCCACAGAGGUCGCCAGCUCCCAAGGAGGGCAGGAGACGACUGCUGGCAGGCAGCAGGGACAGAGCUGCGCGCUCUGGCAUUUUCUGUCUGGCUCUGAGAGCUCUCAAGUCCAAGGGAGAAGCCUUCCUCUGGCCACGAGGGCUUGGAUGUGCGUCUCUGGCCCACGUGCUGGCCACAUAUGGUGAGCAGCGAGUGGCCUGCCCCUGUUGGCCGUGUCUUUUCACCCACAGACGAGGGUUGCAAGUGUUUUCGUGGGCACUUCCAUGUGGAGCCAACUCAUAUCCUCACUGGAGAAGUCAGGGUAGAAACGGAGCCUUCGGAGAGCUCGCCUCCAGGCUUCUGUGUCCUGGGGCGGGCGCAGCUGCAGGAGGCGGCUCGGGAAGGCUUGCGUCCUGCCCCCCUGCCUCCCCCCGGCUGCAGACCACGCUGGCCGGAAGGUGGCACAGGUCCUUCACAGCUCCCUGCCUGCAGGCAGUGCCUCCUGGUGCCCUGAGAAACUUCUCCCUCGCUCCUCCUUCACUCUCCGAGUUGGAGACAGGAAGCCAAAGCAACAGCUGGGAUAGGGAGAGGAGAAGCAAGGGGUGGGGUCUGCCCAGCAAUCCCAUGCUCCUCUGGGCCCCUUCCUCUGCCUCUGGGUAGCAUUGCUUUUUAUGGGGUGGGAUGAAAUUAGCAAAAAACAAAAAAACAAAACAAAAACAAAGACCAAACAACAAAA